GUCGGUCGCCAAUCACAUGCGGACGGCGGGGAGCUGCAGAACCCAGCGCUGACCGUGGGAUCCGUGGGAUCUGUGGGUUUGUUCCCCCCGAAGGUUCCCCCCCCCCCUGUCUUUCCUUUAGUUUAGACAAUGUCUGGACUUUUCUCGCCUGGUCGGCACGAAGAUACCUGCCCUGCCUCGAAAGGGACUAGGCGAACCUGAUGUUGCACGGAGACUGAACCAACGGGACUAUAUCUAAAAUGGCUCCGUACAACUUGGAGAAACUAAGUAGCCUCCUACGCCGAAGUCUGGAGGGAAACUUCUUUAGCACGGGCUUCGACAAGCUCCGGUUGAUGUCUGCUGCCAACGGCAGGUGCACGGCCGAGCUGACCAUCUGCCCCGACACGUGCAACAAUGUGCGAACUUUACAUGGUGGGAUGUCAGCCACGCUCGUGGACAUGGUGAGCACAUACGCGCUGCUCACGUUGCGAGACGUCAGAAACGUCAGCGUCGACAUGAGCAUGAGCUAUCUGGCACAGGCACGGGUGGGAGAUACAGUGAUCAUCGAAGCAACUACUGCAAAGUUGGGAAGGAGCGUAGCCUUUCUAGAUGUGCUCAUACAAAAUAAAGACAGCGGUGAAAUCCUCGUGAAAGGAAUGCACACCAAGCACCUCAACAGUCAACUGGAUUACCUGGGAAACAAGAUCCAAAUAUAGUAGGCUUUUCCGAAAAUAAACUUGUUACAAGAUCUUUGCA